GUAAAGACAGAACGUUCACGUUAUGCGAAAGAAUUACAAAAAUAUUGGCAGGGAGUUAUCAAGGAACGCGAAAAAGAGAACCUAGUGCCUGCUGUUGCAUCUCCAAAUCUUGAACUUAUCAAUUUCUGUUGUGACGUUCUUCGUGAACUUGAAAAUAACUCUUGUGCUCAUAUAUUUUAUAAAUAUGUUGAAAAGGAGGUUUUCAGAAGAGCAAAAGACGAUGCUGACACAGAAUCUUCUGUCAUCAAAACCUUCCUACGAACAAGGUCGCGCAUGUCGUUAUCCUCAACGAAUGAUCCUGUCCUACAGGCAAUUUUCGAGAGUCUUCUACCUUCAAGAUAUCGCAUCCUAGAACUUUUCGUUGGUAAUGGACGGCGUAGCCAACUAAAACGUCGUAAAACUUUGAUAAUCCAUAUUGGUGAAGUAAAAAAUCCAAAUUAUGUAACUAAACCACUAAAACCAAGUCGUCACCUCCACCAAUACCGUCUCCAAAUAAAGCUUUGCCUCAACCUCUUGAAAUCAUCUUUGAAAGGACAAAAUAUAUCAAUUCCUUCACUUAAUAAUAAUAAUUCUACAUCGAGUCAACAUAUUCCUA